AAAAAUGAGUAAACAUGAUAAGCCAAAUGGACAUCUCCUCUUGGUAGUUUUUCUCAAAGGAAUCUCACCGUACUAUCUCCAUAUCCAACCGUAGAUAUUUGUUUUUUUCCCUUUCUUUCUUUCUUUCCUGUCUACUUAGCUUUGCUUGCUCCUCUAUUAUUACCUCUUCUCUUCAAUCAAUUUCACUCACUAUCUCUCUCUCUCUCUCUACUAUAUUAUUAACCAGGGGCAAUAUUUAGAAAAAAAAAAAUCUUUUACAUAGAGAAGAUCAUGACGUUAGAAUCAGCAGAACUUCCGGAUUGUAAUUUGUAUCCAAACCAACCGAUUACAGUUCGGCCAAACUCACCAACUCCAAACCAUACUCUGUAUCUUACAAAUCUAGAUGACCAAAAGAUGCUGAGAUUCUCCAUCAAAUACCUAUACCUUUACCAGAAAUCGGCCACCGUAAACUCCGACACUUUGAAAAGAUCUCUCUCCAGAGUUCUGGUCGAUUACUACCCUUUGGCCGGAAGGUUGAGGAACGCCGACGAUGAUCAGAAGCUUGAGGUUGAUUGUAAUGCCCAAGGUACCCUCUUUGCUGAAGCAUUUAUGGAUAUCACUGCAGAUGACUUUCUCCAGCUUUCUCUCAAGCCAAACAGGUCUUGGAGGAAACUCUUGUACAGGGUUGAUGCUCAUCUCACUUUCUUGGAUGUUCCUCCUCUUAUUGUUCAGGUGACGAAUCUUCGUUGUGGAGGAAUGAUAGUGUGCACCGCCAUCAACCACUGCAUCUGCGACGCAAUAGGUACGUCACAGUUCCUACACGCGUGGGCCCACCACACAGCUAAAGAGAAUCUAGAUCUACCAAUCACACCGUUCCACUCUCGCCACGUGUUGAAACCCCGAAAACACCAACAAAUGACCUUCACUCACCCACAAUUUACGAAACCUGUCACAAAUACCGGCCACGUCGACAUCUUCACCUUCCUCCAAUCUCAGCCCCUCGUUCCGUCUUCAUUCACUUUCUCUCCAGCUCAUCUCCUCCGCCUUAAACGACAGUGCGUUCCGUCCCUCAAGUGCACAACCUUCGAAGCCCUCGCUUCUCACACGUGGCGCUCCUGGAUUCGCUCCCUUGACCAGCUGCUCUCAUCACCUUCCCUCACCGUCAAGCUUCUUUUCUCCGUAAAUGUCAGGAAGAAGUUGAUACCGGAGAUCCCUCAGGGGUAUUAUGGCAAUGGAUUCGUGUUGGGUUGCGCGCUGUCAACCGUGAAGGAUCUUGUCUCCGACAACCUCUACCACGGGGUAAAGUCGGUCCAGGUGGCUAAGUCGGCUCUUGACGAUGGCUGCGUAAGGUCCAUGAUCGAUCUUUUGGAGGACAAAACGGUCAAAACGGAUCUGUCGAUGAGUCUGGUGAUAUCUCAAUGGGCUAAACUAGGGCUUGAGGAUUUGGAUUUCGGUAGAGGAAAGCCACUGCAUAUGGGAACAGUAGCGAGUGAUAUUUACUGCUUGUUUUUGCCCGUUAUAGGUGACGUUAAUGCCGUUAGAGUUCUUGUUUCGGUGCCUGAGAGCGUCGUCGGGAAAUUUGAGUAUUACAUGAAUGAAUGUGUGGAUUAUAAAGAAGAAAACAACGACGAUGAUAACGGUAACGGAAACGGUUAUGUCAAUAAUAAUGGCUAAUUAAAGUUAAUUUCUAUUUUUGUUUUCCGUUGUGUGUACGUACGUACGUAUAAACUCCCUUGCUCUAAUAAUUAGGCUUCUUGAUGGGAGAAACUAAUGUACUUUUGCACUUAAUUAAUGUUAACUUACCGGUUCUUAUUUUAACUUUCAUAAUAUUUUAAGGUCCUUUGUAA